AUGNAAGAAAUAUUUAUAAAAGAGUUUGGAGGCUCAAUUUAAAAUGAUGAAAAUGUAUUUAAUUAACAUUAUUAUUAGUUUAAACAAAGUGAUUAAAAGUAUACAUUUUGCUAAAGAAUUUUAAAAUUUAUACCAUGGAUCCCAAAAUCAGAGAGUACUACUUUCUUUGAUAUUUGGUAUUCUUAGUUAUUAAACAAAUAAGAAAUGCUUACAUUUUUUGAAGCAAAUAAAAGGUAAGUUAAAUAUCAUAUUUAUACAAUAGAAUUCAAUAUAUUAUGAAAGACUUAUAAACUGAAAGAAAUAAAAAAACAUUAGAUGAUUCCUACUCUACUUAUAUAAAUGAAUCUCAAGAAAUAGAAAAACAAUUUUCAUAGAAUUAAAAUUCUACUCUUGAUAUUGAUGAGGUAUGAAUCACUUUAAAUACUAUAAUUAAGGGUAUGUCAUAAUUAAAGGGACCAUAUACACUAUCUGAAAAAGAUAAAUUAAAUGAAAAUCUACUCAAAUUUGUGAAUAAAGUUUAUGAAUGUUUUGAAUCAUUUGAAACGGCUUCUAUGACUUUGAAUGAUGUAUUUUCAUCUUUCAAUGAAUCAUAAUAAUAUGAGAUCUUCCUUGAUUAUUUACUUAGUAUAUUUUUCUGGGGAUCUUAUCUUCCUCUUAAAAAUAUUUCAAAAAAAAAAAUGAACACUGUUGUUUGUCAAAAAUUAGCAUUUGCAAGAUUUACAUCUAAUAUCAACAAAAUAGAAACUUUAAUUAAAAAUGAAAAAAAUAAUUUAGAUUCUCCUAAUGGAACUAGAGUAUUUAUAAAUUAAUAUUCUAGUUAAUCUAAGAUUUGGAAAUAAUUAUUUAAAGACUUAAGUUGAUAAGAGAAAACUUUAAAAAAACUAUGAGAAAUUAGCAUCAACAUCCAUCACACUAAUCAAUUUAAAUUGAUGUAAAAGAAUCUGAAGAAAGAAAACCAAGUAAUUUUUAUAAUUAAAAAAGCUUCUAAAAUUAACGAAUCAUUAAAAAUUUAAUUAGGAUCCUUUAUUCCUUUAGGUUGUGGUCAUAAUGGCAAUUUAAAUCAAACAGAAGUAGAAGUCUUAGACUUUCAUAUGUCUUAAGCUGGAAUUGUUAAAUAUUGA